UGGUUCUCAGGCAAGACAACGGCACCCAUGAAUCUACUGCCGGUGCCAUUUUGCCUGAUGGCUUAAGCCAGCCCCUGAGAGGAAUGCCACAGCCAGUCAAGUAGGGACCAUGGGGAAAUUGCGGGAGAGCGCCGCCCUGGCUGGAGCGCACCAUUUCCUCGCGCGGAUCGAGCAGCACUCGCUCGCCCCGCCCCUUCAGCUUUUGCUCUUUGGAGUUCGCCGCCGCGGGUGCGCGAAGUGCGAGCUCCCUCGUGAGAAGGCGGCGGCGGCGCGAACUCCGUGGCCAGACGGCGACGGAGCGGCAGAAAUGAGCCAGCAGCUAGUCAGCGCUCCGCUUCUUACGCACGGCGGCGUUGGCGUUGUGCGGGGCGCUAACGCAGACCCAGCAGGGCUGAGGUUGGCGCCGAAAUGGAAGCCUUAGAGGACAGGACCCAGAAAGCUUCACAAGGAUGCAGUGCUGAUCUGAAGGCAGCUGUUGAGGUGAAGGAGAUCCGUUGCCCUCAUUCAGAUCUUGUCCAAACCUCUGAGUUCAGCAUAGCAAUGUCUUUGGGGCACUUAGCCAAGGGAGCCAGCCUAGAUGACCUUCUUGAUACUUGUAUUCAUUCUUUUGAUUCGGAAGGAAACCUAUUAAAAAAUUUCCAGCUACUGAAGGUAACAUUGACCAUGCACCGACUUAUCAUUUCCUCCACUGAGAUGCUGCGAAAACUAAUUGACCUAUACCUUGAUGCUUUGGAAAACCAUUCUUCUUUCCUUUGCCAUAAGAUAUGUUACCUUGUAAGGUAUUGGAUGACAGAAUUCUGGGUCAUGUUCAAAACAGAUUCCAGUCUUACUAACACAGUGGAGGAAUUUCAGGAAUUGAUGAGAGCUAAUGGUGAGGAGUUACACAGUCGCCUAAUUGACACAUCUCAAAUAAAUGCUCGAGAUUGGUCUAGAAAGAUCACUCAACGUAUAAAAUCCAAUAGCAGUAAGAAACGCAAAGUUUCACUUCUCUUUGAUCACCUGGAACCAGAGGAGUUGUCAGAUCACCUUACCUACCUUGAAUUUAAGUCCUUCCGACGAAUAUCAUUUCCAGAUUAUCAGAACUACAUUAUGAAUGGCUGCGUGAAGGAAAAUCCAACAAUGGAGCGCUCAGUUGCUCUUUGUAAUGGUAUUUCACAGUGGGUGCAGUUAAUGGUGCUCAAUAGACCAACGCCACAGCUUCGAGCUGAAGUAUUCAUCAAAUUCAUUCAUGUGGCCCAGAAACUACAUCAAUUACAGAAUUUCAACACAUUAAUGGCUGUGAUAGGUGGUCUUUGCCACAGUUCCAUCUCCAGACUUAAAGAUACAAGUUCUCAUGUUCCUCAUGACAUCCAUAAGGUAUUUAAUGAAAUGACGGAACUGCUGUCGUCCUAUAGGAACUAUGAUAAUUACCGGCGGGCUUACAGUGAGUGCAGUAACUUUAAGAUCCCUAUCCUGGGAGUACAUUUGAAAGACUUAAUAUCCCUUCAUGAAGCCAUGCCAGAUUACUUGGAAGACCAAAAAAUAAAUAUGCAUAAAUUGUAUUCUUUGUACAAUCAUGUCAAUGAACUGAUACAACUGCAAGAAAUGGGCCCUUCACUAGAGGCUAACAAGGAUCUUGUUCAUCUCCUCACACUGUCCCUUGAUCUUUACUAUACAGAAGAUGAAAUUUAUGAACUUUCAUAUGCACGAGAGCCAAGAAGUCACCGGGCUGCACCUUUGACACCUUCAAAACCACCAGUAGUAGCAGACUGGGCCUCUGGUAUAGCCCCAAAACCUGAUCCAAAGAUCAUUAGCAAACACGUUCAGAGAAUGGUAGAUUCAGUCUUCAAAAAUUAUGAUCAUAAUCAGGAUGGAUACAUUUCUCAGGAAGAAUUUGAGAAGAUUGCAGCAAGCUUUCCUUUUUCAUUUUGUAUAAUGGACAAGGAUAGGGAAGGUCUGAUCAGCAAGGAUGAAAUAACAGCUUACUUUAUGAGGGCCAGCUCGAUCUAUUCUAAAUUAGGUCUUGGCUUCGCCCACAACUUCCAGGAGACGACUUACCUAAAGCCUACCUUCUGUGACAACUGUGCUGGAUUUCUCUGGGGAGUUAUUAAACAAGGAUAUAGGUGCAAAGAUUGUGGGAUGAACUGCCACAAGCAGUGCAAAGAUCUGGUUGUAUUUGAAUGUAAGAGACGAUCCAGAGCCACAGCUGUGGAUAACAGCCCUGCUUCUGCCCUUGCAUCUAGCCUCUGUCCCAUGGGACUCAAAGAGCACAUGCAUGGGCUGGAGGACAGUGGAUUUCCCUUUGCUAAUGGAGAAGUGAUUGAGCAUAAUGAAGAGAGCAAAGACAGAACAAUUAUGCUUAUGGGAGUGUCACCUCAGAAGAUCUCAGUGAGGCUAAAGCCAGCUGUGGUACACAAGGGCGUACAGACUGACCUGGUACAUGGCGAUGGGCUCACCAGACAUCAAAAAGAGCCAGCAAUGCCAUCUGAAACGGCUUUUCUCCAGCCUACUCCUUUGUCUCCAUGUCCAAGCCCUGUUCUUGGUCGCAAAAAGGCAUAUGUAAAAUGGGAAAACAAGGACUUUUGUCAAAAAGCAAAGGAAGAACUAUUUUCUCAAAAACCCUCGUACCAGGAACUAGAGCAGGAAAGAAACAUUCUUACAGCAGAGAAUGAAGCAUUAAAACUGAGGCUGAAACAGGCACAUAAGAGAAUUGAAUUGCUCAGCAUUCAGAGAAAUCAUCUAUUUGGCAAUAUAGACCAUGGACACUGCUUGUAGCCAAGUCAGGCGCUCUUCUUAGAAGACUGUGAUGCUGAAGGGCCCCUUGAGGCUGAUGUACCAUAUGCAGAGUCACGGGUUUUAAACAAAGGUAUUCCUGUUGAGUUGUCUUGUUCGGAUUGUUAACAAUGCUCAUGGAUGUGUGCAUGUUCUGUAAACAUAGCUUGCCUUCUGUUUGGUUGGAAUUAUGUCAUUUGGAAUUCCUCUUAAUAAGGGCAAGGAGAUCCCUUAUGGUCUUCGUAAAAGUUUGCCAGAUUCCAUUGCCAAAGAAGAACAAAUAAAAGCAUUCCUCCAUAGCCAUUUCCAUGACUAGAAUUGGAAAUCCCAUGUGAUUAAGAGCAAGUUUUCUAAGAAAAGGUACAAUUUCAUCUCAAAGUUAGCUCCACAUAGAUUCGUGUGUGUGUGUUUAAAUGCAUGUAUACAUGGGUGUGGAAGCCCAGAUUUUCCAACAUAGCACAAACCUGAAAAUGAAGUUAUUUUCGACAGGGCGGGGGGGGGAUAUAUGCUGAUAGAUGUUUUCAUGUUCCUGCUUGUAGGCUGCAAUAAAGCAAUAGAAACAUAGAGCAAGAUUCAGCCAAAACGAAGUCCUAUUGAUUUCAAUUGUAUAGAGUUAAGCAUAUGACUAAUUCUUCCAUUGACGUUAAUGAAUCUCAAAAGUGCUUCACUUCACUGAUGUUAUCCUGUGUUACUCUUGCUAGACAUUUAUAACUUCAGAGACCUGAGUUAACAUCCAAACUAAGUUACUCAGGAGUACUACUCAGGAGUUACUCUAAAGGACUGUUUAAUUUCAUUAGGGCUACGUAGGAGUAAUUUAGUUGGGAUGUUGGCGCCAACCUCCCACUCCUAUCCUGGCAGAUUUAAUAAGCCAAGGUAGACAUGGCUCAAAGGCACUAGUAAGUCUUGCCAAGAACCUCAUCCCCAUCUUCAGGUUGCAAAGGCUGACUAGAUGGUGCUCUGGUGACAAUCAAAACGGAUUCUUAAUUAUGGCUGGGUUCAGCUAUAGUGUGAAUCCAUAGUUUUAGCUAGCCCCUAGUUUUGUGUGUAAUGUCUGAACCCUAGCCUGUCCAUGAACCAAGGUUUGUUUAGAAUAUACGAACCAGGAUCUGAAUUUAUGGUAUGAAUUUGGUUUGCAAACCACAGUUAGUGCUAGCUGUUUAAUGUUAUUUCUGAAUUCACAAACAAUAUGUAAACCACAGUUAAGAACCAUCGCUCUGCCUCCAGAGGCUGCUGCACCAUUACACUGGGAGUAAACUUAUUACCUUAUAUGAAUCCUGAGUAGAUGGGAAACAAAAGCAGACAAGCAACUCUAAAUCAUAGUUUGUCUGCUGUAUGUCCAGAACCUCAAACCAUACUUUUGUAUUACUGUAUGUCUGAACCCAGUGUUGUCCAGUGUUCCCUCUAAGGCAUGUUCAUGUGUGCACUCACAGGUUUUUUUUAAAUGUCUGCUCAGUUAAUUUUAGAUGCCGCUCAGGUUGAAUCAGGAAGGCCCCAUUCUAAAUGCACACACGCACACACUGCCUUAAUACUGCUGCCCAGAACAAAACUCAUUCCACCCACAGAUGAAAAAGGUUAGAGGGAACACUGGUGUCAUUCAAAUUGGAGUGGAUGGUAGGAUGUGCACAAGAGAGGGAUUCCUGCAGGAUUGUGCCAUAAUUGAUUCCUGCCCUCCCUUGUGGAUUGUUUUCUUCUUGGUGAGCAAUUAGGAGUAAACCUUGGGUUUAUGUUCUCCCUCUGUGUGUUGUAUCCCAGGAAAGCAAGCCAAAGGGCUGUUCAUGCUCUCUCCCUUUACAGGAUUUGUGUGAGUCCAAAUAGGCCUUGAGAAAUCAACUUAAUGCUUGAUUACUUUGCAAAUCAUGCAGGACAGGCAUCUUUAGUGGGCCAGUCCUCAUAUAGGUUUUUCAGGUCAGUGAGUCUGUUCACAUGCAAGUCAGUUGUCUGCAAGUCAGUGAGGUUGUCCCCAUGAGCAGCCCUACCUGGGCUUGCAGAGCCCUACUUGGGUAGGGCUGCUUGUGUGGAGUGCUGGGAUCGAGCUCAGUCCUGGUGCUUCCUCGCCAAGUAACCAGGGUGUCUCUGCUGGGCUAUUACCGAGGUAAAAGGGCAUGAGUGCCUGGUUGUGUGUCUGCUUGGGCUGCCUGCAGAUGGAAAGCUACAGAAGCUGGGUGCUUAGAGUGUCCGGCUUGUGGGGAAAUCCCCCAGUGCACCACACUCCUCACACAGAGAGAGCACUGUGGGAUUUCUGGAAGCCAGGCUGCAUUUCAACAGCCUACAGAACACCUCGUCGCAGCGUCAAUCAUGUACACAGCCAAGUAAUGCAGAGAGGAUUGCCGCAGUUGUGUGGGGGAAGGUAGGUAUAAUCCUGCCUUCUCCCUAGCCCCAGGGAUUUUGAUUGUGUGAACGACCUUAGGGAAUGUUCUUCACGGGACAAGUCCCACAUUUCCCCUUCUAAACAUAUGGAGAAUCUGUCCAACAUUUCCACUGUAUACAAGCUGUGGAUUUUAUCCCAGGUGGAGGCUGUUAUCCAGUGGGAAUGCUUCCACAUGAUCAUGGUUUUACAGGACCAGUGAAGGCCAUCUUGUAUUUUAAAGCAACUUAAAUCAUCCUGAAGUCUAGGGUGCAAUCUUACAAAGCUUGUACAUUUUGAGCUUAGUAGGAAUGUACUUGAAAUUGAUUUAGUGUUCUGUUCCAAGUUUGGAAUGGAAUGCUAAAUCCAUGGAACGUUCCACUGGAACAACCAAUUGAGCUGGUUGUUCCGACAGAAUGGCCUGUUUCAAGUUGGAACAUUCUGAGCACCGUUUUGGAAUACAAAAUGACACUCGGAAUGCUUUGACAUGAAAUGGGUUCUAUUUCGAGUUCACAGGCCCGUCAUUUGAAGAGCAUUCUGUUCCAAGCUUGGAACACUCGAAACGGCCCGUUCCAAUCGUGGGAUGUUCUGCACAUCCCUAGAGUGAUGGAUUUCGGCCACAUCCCUUUGUGAUGGAUUUCGGCCUUUGUCAUAAUUUCUGUAUUUUCUCUUAUGGAAUUUAGGAUGCUAGACAGCGUUAGUCACUCUGUUUUUAAGUGAAUGUAAUUUUAAUUCACUUGUGUGCUUGUCCCUUACCAGCAUUUCUGCUUUGUCUUUAAAUAGGUGAUAGUUCUAGAUUGCCUUGUAUAUGAGUAAAAAAAAUUUGUUUACUUAAAAUUUCUUUUCACGUGAAUCCUGCUGCCAGUCAUUUGAAGCUUCUCCCCCUGUAAAUGUUGCAACGUGUCUAUUACACCUACUUUGGGAUAAGACAUUCCCUCAUUUACCUAGUCCAGUUUUCAUGCAGUGGUAUGGUGGUUUGUAGUGUAUAGAGGUCCAAUAAUGUACUUGUAUUCACAAGUAACACAGAAAGCACAAAAGAUUGUUGAAAUGUAAAUGUACCUCCUUUCACAGCCCUCAACUAAAUGUGGUGCAGUUGUUAGUAUGUUGAGUUUUGAUAUGGGGAUUUGGAUUCAAAUCCUGGUUCAGAUAUGAAGAUCUCUGAAUGGCCUUAGUUACUACGUCUCAGGCUUACUUCAUAGGUUAGGUUAAGCUGGAGUUACAAAGCUAAAAUACUGUUCAUGGAGGAUGGGUUGGAUUUAAAUUAACAUUUGUGAAAACUGGAUUAUUGCACACUCAGCAUGCAUUAGUAAGUCAAUCCUCUGGAUAAACUGAAUAAGAGAUAUAAAGGGCACUUUUAGUGUUGCUUGUGAAAAUUACCUGAGAUUUCCAUUUCAUAAUAAUUCUAGAACUUACAGAUAAAUGAUACACUAUGAAAUAUGGCAUUGGCAUCAGGAAUUUGUGACCUUUUGUAGCUGGUGUUUAUAUUUAUUUACAAUCUUUGUUUAAAGCUUUGCUUUCAUAUGCAUUCCAUAAUUUAUUUUUACAAGAAUGAAGUAUUGUGUGCCAAAAUAUGGUGGUAUUUGUACUUUGUGUUCCAAUAUAUGUAUGUUUACUCUUUUUGGAGUAAUUUGAUGGUUAAACAAACUGUUUUGUACUUUCAUUUGUACAAGUUGUAAAAGCUGAAUCUACUUGUAAGAUUCUGUAUUUAAGCAGCUGCUGUAAUUUUAUAUAUGUGCAUUUCAGAAACUGGCUCCAAUUUCUGCUGUUAGAUCUGAUAGAUAGGUAAUGUAACUACACUUUUCUGACUGUAAAUAUAUGUAUAAUAUUUAGUUAGCCAUGCACGAUUUUUCUAAAGCAUCUGUGAACUGCAUUGAAUGCUAGAAAGUUACACACUAAAAAUGACGAAUGCAGGAAACAUAGAAUGAAAACUAAACUGACACAUCUGGCUAGUGUCUAUGAUCCUUUUCACAUUAUUGUCAUGACUGUGUUCAUCUUCCAGGUACAGCUCAGCUCUUCCUCAUGUGCAAGCCCAUAUAGGAUCCCAAUCCAAUCCAAUCUGGCAAUAGUUUACAUAGAGUCUAAUUCAGUUACAUUUUUUCUCCAGGUAAAAUUUGUCUGAAAAACUUUAAACUUUCUAAAGUGAUUGAACUGAGGUCAUGGACCUGGAGGCCACCCUGCAAGAAGUUUUGGAUAAUGGUGUCCUCAAUAUGCAGUUGAUAUUACCCAGUUAGAUUUUGACACUGUCAAUCCUGAUGACGCAGUGGGGUCAGUUAUUAGCUGGAUCAAGGCUACCCAACAAACCCAGUCCAUAUAAGAUGUUUAUGAUCUGGAAAUAGAUAGAACUGUCUGCCUUGGGUGAGAUCACACUUCCCCUAAAAAAGCAGAUAUGCAGCUUGGCAGUGCUUCUGAAUAUACUGUUGCUAGAUGGUAGUCAGGAAACAGCUAAGCACAGGAGUGCAUUUUUUGUACUACGCUUGGUGCACCAGUUGAGUCCUUUCCAGGGUCACAGAUUCCAUCAUACAUGCCUUGGUAACUCCUAGAUUAGAUUAAUGCAGUGAGCUCUAGGUGGGGCUGCCCUUGAAGAGUGUGCAGAAACUUCAUUUGGUCCAGAGUGCAGCAGCUAGUAGGGAUGUGCGAACUGGCUCAAAAUUAAGCCAGUUUGUACUCUAAUUGGUAUGGUUUGAGGGCUCGACCUCAGACCGAACUGGGUCUGGUCCGAGGUUGAACCAAACCUCCCAGGCUGGUUCAGGCCUGGUUCAAGAGUGGCGGGGGACAUUAUCAUUUCAUUUUUAAAAUGUUUUAAGUUACCACCACUGAGGGCUGUGGUGGCCUUUGGGGAUCCUGUGGCAGCUGCGGAGGGGGUCCCUCUGGCAUCUCCAUCAUUUCGGCCCUGUUUGCGUGAGGGAAGGGGACCACCAGAGAACCCCCCAAGGCUGCCACAGCCCUUGGUGGUGGUAAGUUAAUCAUUUUAAAACUAAAUUAUAAUGUCCACCACCACCCUCAGACUGAGCCCAAACCGGUUCUAAUUUGAACCAAACCGGGCCAAGCUCGAGUGGUGCCCAAACUAAACAUGCCCAGUCCAGUUUGAAUCAGAUCUGGAUUCGAACCGAACUGGGCAAAGCGUUUUUUUGCACAUCCCUAGCAGCUAGGUCAUAACAGAAUCUCACUGAUAGGAACAUAUUGCAUAGGCCCUUAAAAAGCUGCAUUGGCGCUGGCAUUGACAUCUGAAGCUUGGAAUGACUGGUUAUCUGAAGAAAUGUUUCAUCCACUUAUUCCCCACUCUGAUCUGAUGAGGCAAUCCACCACUAUCUGAGGUAUGACAAGGGACAAGCAAGACUAGAGCCUUUUUGAAAGGAGCUAUGCCUAGGAUUUCAUCCUUUGUCGUUUCAGGUCAUGUCUGACCCUUUAACUCUUCUUAAUUUGGGUGAUUUUGUGUACAAUGGUUAUGUUCCUGGUUUUUCAUCUCCUUGCCCUUAGCUUGGCAAAAGCUAGAUAUGCUUAAGAACACAGGCAUCAUGCUUUUAUAGCACAGGGUACUAACUGAAGAUCCCAUAAGCUUGUGUCGUCAGCAUGAUCUUCCUAGUAUGCUUUCAGAAGAAGACUCAUUAUUUCUACCUGUAGUAAUAUCACCAUUUUAACUGAUCCUAGAAGCCAAGGUUCUAUAUAGUAAUUGCUUUUUCUUUCCUGGUCUUUUCUGCGGUGUCCCCUGCAUCUUUCAUGGAUGUGCUGGAAGAGGCUUACAGCCUCAUUCUAUGUUCACUUUGAAGCAAAUCUCAUUAAGAUCACAGUCUUCUCCCCACCUCACACUCUGCCUGAGUCACACUCAUUUGGGAAGGAAAAGGAGAAGCCCCCAUGGCCAUCCAACCUUAGCAGCUGUAGCUAUCUUUGCAGCUAAAAGAAAAAGUAAUUUGCUGCAUUUGCUUUUCCAGGUGGCUGCCGGCUUUCUCACAGCAGAAAUAGCCACAAUUGCUAAGAUCUGUAUGGACUGAAGUGAGGAAGGCCCCAAAAGAGCUUUACUUUUUUCUUCUUUCCGCAUGAAGCAGAGAGAAGGUUAAAAUCAGUUACAUGUGUAAAGGUCCAUGGAACUCAACUGGACUUGCUUCUGAGCAAACUACCUGUGCUUAGGCUCUAAUCUUUCACAUGCCUUCCCUACUCCCAGCUGAUGCAUGUGCUAUUUGGGGCGAGGGCACAAGUGCCAUAUAACCAAUUUUAAUAAAUACUCUAUGUUAAGAAAGGCACUUCCAGGGCCUUCAAUGCACUUGUCACUGUUCAAGCUAUCAUGCUGUAUAUACUUACAGCAAACAAUUGCCUGAGCCUUUGAAAAACAGUAUGCAACCAUUCAGCUGGCCGUAGCAUUGUCAUAAUGCUCAUGCUCUUCAUAGCAAAGUGUUCUGGCAUGCACACUUCAUUUGUACUAGAGACACAUGUUUGGAGGAUAGGUCUGUAAUCUUACGCUGAGACUAGCCAUCUAAGACUUUGUUGGCUUGAACAGGUUGGACAUACUGGAAACAAAUGGCCAAAAAUAUAAUUUAUGUUGCAAUAGCAGUUUUAUGUUAUUGUCUGGAGGUAAUCUGCUUAAAUCUGACAUAUUUGUAAAACUAUGACAAAGGAACUGCCUUUCAAGAUGUACAAUAAAAGAUGAAGUGCCGUUUCUUUAAUAUUUAUUAAAAUUAAGUUGCAGUGUAA